AAGCCGGGCCGGGGCCGCUCCCGCGGUGCCGCCGUUGCCACGGGACGCGGCGUCCUUGGUUACCGGCCGGGGCGGCCGCAGCGGGGAUGGGGCCGCCGCGCUGCCUGUGUGAGAUCUGCUCCUGCGGGCGCCAUCGCUGCUGCCAUAAACGCACGAAGAUUUACGACGAUGGGCUGCCACCGAGCCACAGAACCGAGUAUGUGGACAACUACCCCGGCUAUGGCAACAUCUGCCCGCCCAGCAGCUGUAAGCCGAAACCUGAGUUCCAACAGCACCGCGGCAAAAUGGAUGGAAUCUCCAUAUUUAAAACUGAUUAUUUACCAUAUGAUGUUGUGAAGAGACCUUUUCGGGCACCAGCAGAGUACAGACCAAAGUCGGGAAAGAUUGACCUGGGGACCAUAUACCAGAGAGAUUAUAAUCCUCAUAAAGUAGGACCAGUGACAUUAGCAAGACCUCGAGAGAGAAAACACACUACAGAUGCAAAAUUGGACACCAUACCAACCUAUCGAGAUGACUAUAGGUUAUGGGAAGCUCAAAGAACGGAAUCUUGUAAGGUGGAGCGGACGUACCAGCCACCUACAGAGAGGUUUGGAAAUCCUUCCACGUUUCAAGAUGACUACAUUCCUAGGGAACCGAAUCCCCCUGAAAGUUUUAAACCUUCUGCAGCCAAGCUGCCAGAUGGGCCUUUCGACGGGAACACCAUCCAUCGCACUGCUUAUGUUGUUCAUGAGAUGGAACCACGAUUCGUAAGACCAAAGGAAGAGUACAAGCCAUGCGACCAACCCUUUGAAGAUCUCACAACCCACCAGAGAGAUUUCAAAGGGAUACCUGGGCAACAGGCAAAAAGCUGCAAGCCCGAACACAGAAAAGUUGGAUCUGAUGCUCCUUUUAAUGGAACCACCGAAUUCCAGGAUCGUUAUCAGCCAGUGCUGGUUUCCUUGCCUGAGUUCCGCAAACCCAGAGAGUACGUUCCACCCACAGACAAGAUGGAUCUUAACUCCACGAACCGUCUUGACUACAUUUCACAUAAGAUUUCUCCUGCUGCCCCCAUAAGACCACCUCAUGGAAGAAGAAUCAGCGCCCCUUUUCAAGGGAACACUACUACAAGAGAAGACUUUAAACCUUGGAGUAUCUCCCCGCGAGGGCUUAUUAAGAAAGAACAAGAAAUUCAAAGACCCACGGGAAAAUUUGCCGAUUUAACAACAUUCAGAUCUCACUACAUACCACAUCAGGGCACUCCAGCUCAAAGUUGCAAACCUGUACAUGCUGUAGGUCUUAAUGCAGUUCCUUUUCAAGAUGAAACUAUGUAUCGCAUAGAUUAUACUCCAAAGAAAACAGAGAUCUGCCCCGCACAUCAUCCCUCGAACCUGGGUUAUGUCUAUGUGAACACAGAUUCUCAGGGUCACCAAUUCUUCCGCCGGUUGAGUCCAGAACCCUCCGAGCCAAAUUGUAAUCCUAUUCCAAAUGAAGUAGCUGUGACAUAAUACUGAAGUGCAAUAUUUCAAGCACCCUGGUGAAAAAAUCGGAAUCCAACUUGUUCAUUUUUUCUUUAAAUAACACUGAAAGCAAAUUAAAUAACGCAAAUUUUGCUUUUAGAAGUUUGAAGAAAAUCAAAGCAAAACCAGAAGUUUAUUACAAGACCAAUAAAGGUUUGCCAAAUGCUCCAGGAAUACUACAUCUUA